AUGGCAAAUGGAGGGUCUGCGCCCACACCGACGCCUCAGUUCCCUACGCACAAUGCACCCAGGGUGUGGUUGAUUACGUCGGGGGACUCUCCCGUCGGCAUCUCAGUAUCCCGCCAGGUUCUGGAUCAUGGGGACUAUGUUGUUUCUGGCAUCAUACAAUCCGAGUUCGAGAGCGAUAGUCCCCGCGGUCAGCAAUUCAAGCGGUUCCUAUCCGAGGUGGUCAGGGAAAAUGGAUGGAAAGACCGAAUGAAAAUUGUUCCUCUGGACGUUAGAAUUGUUGGCCAAUGUCAAGCGGCCGUUGCAGAGGCCGUCCAUGCCUUCAAGAAGAUCGACAUUUUGUUCUGCUGUUCAAGCGAGGCAGUGGUGGGCACGGUCGAGGAGCUCGCAGCAAACCAGCGAACUUUGACGCUUGUGCGGGACCAAUUCGAGAAGAACUUCUUCGGCCCUAUGAAUAUCAUUAAGGCCGCCAUCCCGGAGAUGCGCUCCAAGAUGAACGGCCACAUAAUCGUUCUUACGGGCAUCCACGGCCACCUAGGUACACCUGGCCUGAGCAUGUACUGUUCCUCGGGAUGGGCGUUGGAAGGGUUCUGCGACAGCAUUGCCUACGAGAUUGCCCCAUUCAACAUCAAGUUGACCAUUGUCCAGUCCAGCGUGGAGAUCGGGAUCCUGACCAACAAGCUCACGUCCGUGCCGCCGAUGAAAGAAUAUUCACGAGAGUUCGGCCAUACAGCCCCAAUCUUUCGGGGCAUCCUGGACGGCUUGCUCAACCGACUACCGGGAAUACGCGCUCAAUACCCACCACCACCAGACCAAGACAUACGCUCCCCUUCUUCCGAAGCCGAGAGGCAAAGCGGUCCAUAUCUCCUGAGCUGUAACGAGGUGGUUAGUCUAUAUCCGCCGCUCAGCGAUGCACAUACGGAGAAACUGCUUGCAGAGACUGUUCAUGCCUUGACCGCAAUAGGUGGACACGAGAACCCUCCAGCCAGGCACAUUGUGGGCGUCGAGGGCGUCGCCAGCGUCAAGGAGAAGCUGAAGACUGUGAGCGAGGAAUUGGAGGAGUUUGCCGACACCAGUGCGUCGGCUGAUAUCGGCAGGCAUGGUGCCAGCGCUCGACGGGCAUCGACUCUCGUAGACAUUGACCUCAAAGACAUUGAAGGCGAUGUCUUCGAUGCUUCCCUGGGUUUACGUCCGACCUAG